UUACAUGGUACUUGUUUUACACGUUUUCGCUUUUACACGGUUUUCCAAAUAAGUUUUUUUUUUGUUUUUCUCGCACUCUACUAAAUGCUACUGUGUUUGAACACGUGCGCUGUGUACACAUCUCACGGGGAAUCCUUGAACUGGCUUCUGGCGACGUAGAUGCAGCCCAAGAAUAUCCAGCAAAUUUUGCAGAAAUUAUUAACGACAAUUCAUACACCCCUGAUCAGGUUUUCAAUGCUGAUGAGUCAGGGUUAUUCUGGAAAAAAAUGCCUGAAAGGACUUAUGUCUCAAAAUUUUAUAAAUCGGCUAGUGGUCAUAAAGCAGCAAAAGAUCGCAUAACAAUUAUUUUCUGUAGCAAUGCUUCAGGAGAUUAUAUUAUGAAACCAUUAGUGAUUAACAAAUCAAAAAUGCCCCGUGCCUUUAAAGGAGUAAACAUCAAUAAUCUUCCCGUUUAUUGGAGGGCUAAUAAGAAAGCGUGGGUUACUGCUGCAAUGUUUACUGAAUGGUUUCAUGAAUGUUUUAUCCCAGAUGCCAAAAAAUAUUUAAGUUCAAAGGGAUUGCCUUUUAAAGUGCUUUUGUUAAUUGACAAUGCGCCGGGUCAUCCACAAGAUCUAGAAUAUGAGAACGUUGAAGCAAAAUUUUUACCAAAAAAUACAACUUCAUUAUUACAACCAUUGGACCAAGGCAUAAUUUCUACUUUUAAAGCUUUGUACAUAAAACGAGCCUUUACAUAUAUUUUGGAACAAAUGGAGAACAAUGAAUCUUUAACAGUUAUAAGUGCUUGGAAAAAUUUUACAAUAUUAGACUGUGUGAAGCAUAUCGCCUUAUCUUACACUGCGAUUAAGCAAACAACGCUCAAUAGCUGUUGGAAAAAAUUGUGGCCAAAUGUAGUCAAAAAUGAACAUUCCAUUUCAACGUUAAAUGAUGAAUAUUCGCAGAUAGUACAGAUGGCGCAUUCAUUGGGCGGAGAAGGUUUUGAUGAUUUUACUGAUGAUGAUAUCGCAGAGUUAAUGGCUGAUAAAGAACUAAGUGAGGAUUAUUUAGUUAACUUAGUUUGCAAAAGUGAGUCUGACAAAUCUGAUGAAGAGGAAUUAGUACCAGUAACAUUCACUGCUAAAGUCAUCCGCGAAGGACUCGCAUUGGGAAGAAAGCUGGGUAAUCAUUUUAUACAAAAUGACACAAAUGUUGAAAGGGCUUUACGAUUCCAACGUGACAUAAAUCGCUGCUUGGCUUAAUAUGAAGAAGUUUACAAAGAUCUUACAAAAAAUUCGAAGCAAUUGUUAAUAACCGAUUUUAUUACCACCUCUCAGAAUGUAAAUACUUCUGAUUCAAACAUCGAAUCGGCACAAAUAACUUCGAGUGAUGAAAGUGAAUUCCAACCUUCGAUUCCGAAAAAAAGA